AACUAGAUUGCGGCCAUUUUUUCGAGGGUGGCGUAACUGUUAGCAAAAUGCUAACGUUGCCUGAGGCUAUUUCAAGUCACCUGACAGUGGUUUAGUACAUUUCUAAACAAGGUCUUUGAUAAAGCAUUUUUUGUUUGCUGAUUCAGUGCAGGGCAACUGUGCGUUUACCAUGAACCUGGAACGACUUCCCAACGAAGAGAAACUCACCCUUUGUAGAAAAUAUUACUUGGGUGGUUUUGCUCUUCUUCCUUUCCUGUGGCUUGUAAACGUUGUCUGGUUUUUUAAGGAAGCCUUUAUGAAGCCGCCCUUCACUGAACAGACCCUAAUUAAAACAUAUGUGAAGCGAUCAGCACUGGGUUUGUUGUUUUGGGUCACAGUACUGACGACAUGGAUCACAAUUUACCAACACUUCAGAGCACAGUGGGGGGAAGUGGGAGAUUACCUUUCGUUCACAAUUCCACUGGGCACGCCUUGAGAUGUUUGACCCCCGACCAUCCUGGACCAAAGAGUUUUCUCUUUAAUAAAGCAAAAACAAUUCAG